AAAUGGUGCGUAGCGGAUUGGGCUGGGAACAAGGUCGGAAACAAAGCCUAAACACCACAGCUGGGAUGUACUCACCAGAUAAGCCAGCCGCUCAGUCCGUCUUGGUCUCCUUCGUCUUGCUGUCUUGCUGGGCGGCGAACUCUCCCUCCAAGGAUUCCAACAGCGAGUCCAGAUUCCCGAUGAGAGAGUCUAGUUUGCUCUCCACGCCUUUUGCUACACCGUUCGCACUUUCAAGGCGCGAAAGCAACUCCGCCAAGUUCGCCUCCCCUGCUUCGUCCAACGUCCCUUUGGAGAGGAGAUCGGUCAGCUCGGCGAGAUCGGCUUCGAUGGACGCGUCCAGCCGAGGUUCAGUGGAGCCAUCUGAGGCAGUUUUGAUUUCUGAAGAGUCGUUCACUUUGUCUGGAGAUCCAUCUGCGCUCGCGGACAUGAGAGAGGCAAGUAAGCGAAAGCGUGAUGAGUGCCCGUGAUCGGUGAUCCCCAUGUGAUGCGCUCCAACUUGGCCUGUAAUUGAACUGAUCAAAGGGGGAUACUUACGGCCAUGUCAACUUCCCUCAGAUCACGGCUGGCCACCCUCCUAGACGCAUUGCCUGUGGCGGAAUCGAAGCCAUGGGACCAAGGCACGAUAAAGGAGCUCGUGGAAACUGCGCUUUCCGACCUCGGAACCACGUCGGCACCAGAGAACCGCAAGACCCAAUGGGAGAUCCUGCUCAGGCAGGAAUUCUUCAACCUCGCGAGGGAUGAGAGUCGAGCCUUGAAGGAUCCGAACACGCUUUACUAUGCGCGCCUGCGCCUUCUGCUCGAUGUCACUUUGGCCUUCGCCGAAGCAG